CAAGACAAACAAAGUGCGGCGAGCGCGCAAGAUGCCUGGCGUAUUCAUCGUGUCGUUGGACUGGUAAGCGGCGGGAAUACGUCACUUGAACCCACUGAUCCAAUGGCGCGAUGGUCGUUUCCUUCCCUUAGUCACUCAACUCACUCCACCCCUUUCCCCAUCCCAGGCUCUAUGACUCCAUCUGCCGGUGGGACCGCCAAGACGAAACGCGCUACCUCCUCGAACCCGUCUUCCGUCCGACAGCCCUGCCGAUCGACACGCACGCGUCCCCCAAAAGACGCGCAAAACGCACCGCCAAAGCAGACCACGAGUCAGGCUCGGACUCCUCCCCCGACGUCUCAGACGACAACGACGACGACGACGACGAGAAGAUCCUGUCGGGGACGUGGGAACACGAGAACGAUAUUUUCAUCCGGAUUGGGGAGGAUGAUAUUUUGGCGAUGGAUAGGGAGAUUGAGGAGGCGCUUGCGGAGGAGAGUGGGAGUGAUGUUGAUGUGGGUGGUGGGGAUAAGGGUGGUGGGGAGGGGGAGGGACAUGGGGAGGGGAGUAAUGGAGCCGGGGAUAGUCAAUCGUCCGGGUUGGAUUUUGAUGCGCUUUUUGAUGAGGAGUUUGCGGUUUAUGAGGAGAGGAGGGGGAGUGUUGGGGUUGAUGUGGAUGUGGGUGGGAGUGGGAGUGUUGGGAUGGACGUUGCGUGGUAGUCCACAAGCCCAACCACCCCGCAAGAAACCAAAAACGGACGCAAAGCCGCCGUCGUCCCCAUCGCCGCGGCCUCCCAAUCCAUCCUCAUGAAAAGAAGUGGACAGACGCGACGGAGGAGGACGGCGGGAAGGAAUACCUCUGGCCCUUUUUGAUGAAGGAAGAGUGAGGAGAUGUAUGUAUGUGAUUGAUGGUAGGCGA